AUGGUUGACCUCAACAUCGUCACCGGCGCGCUCAAGGGCUGGGGCGGGCAAGGACUUCCCUUCGGCACACUGCUGCACUCCAGCCCACCCCGACGACAACGAACAUUGACGGCGCCACUUCACGAAACGGCGCCCAGUUCCUUUUGGCAGAGAUUGCCAUCAUGGUCUACGCCAGAGCCAGAGCAGCGCACAAACCCGCAGACGCAAUGCGCCCUGCUCACCACCCUCCCCCUCGACAUCCGCCUGCUGAUCUACGACAUGGUCCUCGGCGGCAUGGCCUUCCACAUCGGCAACGACACCACCGGUCGCAUGACCUGCUACAUCUGCCAGCGCGCCGAGGGGAUCGUGCACGAUGAUGACCACCAGGCAUGUCUAGCCCCCACCAAACGGCGACCAUCUGCCUCGCCCCGCGAAGACUACACGCAAGCGACCGGCCUGCUCCCCCUCCUAGUAACCUGCCGCCAAAUCUACUCCGAAGCAAUCGAAACGCUGUACAGCGCCAACACCUUCGAAUUCUGGCAGAACCAAGCGGCCCUGCGCUUCCUGCGCAUCAUGAUUCCCCCGCAACGCCUGCGCUGCAUUCGGCGCUUCCGCUGGGCGAUGCAAUUCCCCCACCACCCCAACAUCAACGCCCGAUCGCGCACAGACUGGAGCGACCUGUUUGCCUUCUUCGCCAACGAGACGUACGGCUUGCAGCACUUGUAUCUCAAGCUGAAGAGGAAUUACCUCGUUGAGGCCAUCAUUCAGCAGACUCCCGACGAGCGGGCGGCGGGGUGGAUUGAGCCGAUGGUGUUGAUGGCUAUUGACGCGAACCGGAAGCGCAAGUGUUUGGUGGAGAUUGCGAUGAAUGGGGUCGUGCAUGUGCCGGUGGACAUUUUUGAGAAUAUUCAAAGGCGGCAUCGGGGGGCGGGGUAUCGGGAGGUGCUGGAUUGGACUUGUACGGAGAUGCAUCGACGGAUCCGAUUGUCGUUGGAUGCGCCGGGGUGA